CUUGAGCGGCUCUGGUGGUGUGGGUGUUGACCCGCUGUUCUUCGUUGGGUGCCGGGCUUCUCAGAUCCUCGCUGGUCAGUAUUGCUGAAUAUGAGACGGUCUGCAGCACCAAGUCAGUUGCAGGGAAAUUCCUUUAAAAAACCAAAGUUUAUACCACCAGGAAGAAGUAAUCCAGUUCCAAAUGAAGAACUUAAGAAGUUGAAUCCAGAUAUAAAAUUAUGUAAGGGUGCUGCAAAUAAUGAUACCUUUCUCCAGUCACAAAAUGAACCUAGAAUAUGCAGUUUAAAUCUUCUGCCUACUGAAGAAGGUACUAGGGAAAUUAAUCACAGUGAUAAUCCUAGUGGCAAAUACUGUUUUGAAGUAUCUGCAAUGACGGCAUUUGAACCACCUUGUACGGUGCAAACUUGGAUGAGGAGGCACAGGCUGGUACCAGUUCACUACAGGUAAUGUUGGAUCACCAUCCUGUG